GUAAUGGUUAUGGGCAAUCACUCUAGUGGGAAGUCCACCUUUGUGAAUUGGUUCGUGGAUGCUCCAAUACAGAAGGUCGGUGCAGCAUUGGAGACUACUGGCUUCACUAUAGUUACUGCAGGGAGUCAGACUGGGCGAGAGUUGAACGGUGAGUCUACUUUGUUACUCUACCCCUAUCUGCAUGCCCUCGUGGAACGCGAUCCGAAAAUAUUAGCUCAUCUUGCUACCAAAACGGUCCUGGCAAGCGACUCGGUCGCUCCCUACCUGUCGAUGCUCGACAUUAUAGACACUCCGGGCCUCGCUGAUGGCGGGUUGGAGUAUCCGUAUGAUGUGACAGCAGCGAUUGAGUUCUUUGGGAAGGAGGCUGAUUUGGUUCUGGUCUUCUUGGAUCCUCUUGGACAAGCACUAUGCAAUCUGACAUGUGAAGUAGUUUGUGAUCUGUUCAAGAAGUACCCGUCGAAGAUGCGGUUUUGUCUGACUAAAGUCGAUACAGUGCCAACAGAUGAGGACCUCUUGAAGGUGUCGAAUCAAGUGACACAGUCUCUGACGUCCAGGUUGGGUGUUAUACAUGCAUUUGAUUUGUUGCCGAUUUACAUAGGGGGUGCGAAAAGCUCUCGGGUGAACAGGUUAGAGGAGGUAUCCCUCGCAGUGAAGCAAUGUGUAGAGUGGCGCGUCCAAGCAUCUCUCAGUGUAUUGCAGUCGGACUGUGCGAUGGUCGAGGCUGCGAUACGUUCAAGGCUCGACGAUGACGAUAUGGCAAGGAAAAAGAAUAGGGAGCUGUCAGUAGCAGUGAACAGGCUGUAUAGGGGAGCUGUUAUUCUUUCAUCGAUCACAGCUUUGAUCUUUGCUCUAGCCCUGCCUGCUGAUGGUGGGCAUUCGGGGUACUUCUUGGUCCCACGAAGGGCUGCCCACUUGGAUGGUAUAUGUACUGGUAUGCUCCUCAUAAGCCUUUUGUUGCCUGUCAUUGCCUCUCUGUGCUGGAGACGUUUCUGUAUACCGAGUCUGUCCGAUAGUGAGAGAUUGAAGGUUGAGGAAGAGCUGAAGAGAGUGAGGGAAGAUAUCCCGAGACGCCAACGGGAACUCCACGUGAAGUAUCUUGCCUCUGUCGGAUCUUAG